AUGCAGGAGUCAGUAACUAGGCGGGUGACAGUAACCCGGAAUCGAGACCCGGUGGUGGCCGACUUCAUGGGGUUUCCAGAUUUCGGAAGGCUCCAGUUGGCUUCAGCUGGGCCCCAUGCAGCCAUGGUGGACCGCUGGGAGGAUAUGCUGGGCAACCUCUGUGGAGCGGGCACCCAGAAAUACAGUCAUGCGCUUGAUCUUUCCUUCUUCUCCCUGAAAGGUCCACUGGGCUUUGGUGAGACCUUGAUUGUGAGCCAACAUGUGAUGACACUCCACUCCAGAGCCACGAAGCACGCCAAGGGCACCGUCCUGACAUUAUCACGUGUGCAGGACAUGAUCGGCAUGCUGCUCGGCCAGGUCACUGUGCUCCACAUCGAAAUGCAUGAUGACAACCGGGAGUGCUCGGUUUCACUUGCAGCACAUCUGCCCGAGAAGCGUUCACUUGUGCAGGUCGUUGCAAAUGGCGUUUCAGAUGCAGGGCUGAAAGUUUUCGGGGAGAACCUGCCCAAGCAGCUCACGUCCCUGCAUGUGGAUUUCGGUCAGAAUUUAACAGAUGCAGGAGUGAAAGCUCUUACCGAAGCCCUGCCCAAGCAGCUCACGUCCCUGCAUGUGGAUCUCAGUUGGAAGAGGCUGAAAGCUUUCGGGGAGAACCUGCCCAAGCAGCUCACGUCCCUGCAUGUGGAUUUCAGGGACAACAUGAACUUCACAGAUGCAGGGCUGAAAGGUUUUGGGGAGACAGCUGGCGCCCGCUUGUGCAGGAUGAACUGUGGUGAUGAGGGUGGGAACUUCACAGAUUCAGGGAUGAACGCUUCGGAGGAGAUCUUGCCCCAGCAGCACAAGACCAAAGACAUCCAGCAGCGAAUCCAUCGUUGCUGGCUGGCCAUGGUUGACUUCAAGAAGGAUUGCAACAUGCAUCACUACACCGAGGAGAGGGAGGGCCACAUGGCCAAGCUGCAGCUGGACGAUCUGGUGCCUACCCCGGCAGCAGAGCUUCCUAAUGGCAACGGUCAUGUCUUCGGCAAGCAUGGCUUCAACUGGCUAGUGGUUGUGGAGGCCGACCGCUUUGGCGGCGAGCAGCCUCACAUGUACGUCAUCCUCGGCCCAAAGAAGGCUGUGGUGAUAGACACGGGAUGCGACACCGCAAACUUCUGCGACUUUCUAAGCUCCCUGCGGGAGCUUGAAGGCAAAGAGUUUCAGGUCAAUACACACAUCCACUAUGACCACAUCAUGGGCAAUUACGGCUUCUGCGCCCCUGGUGGCCGUGGGCUUCGCAGGGGCUGCCGAAGUCUCUUGGCCUGGAGUAGGAACCAGCGGUUCAGCCAAAAUUGGCAGGAGACUUCCCUUCAGGGCAUGGUUGGAGCUGACAUCUCCAACUUCUGUGUGACAGACUGGCUGGAGGAGGGGCAGAGAAUUUAUUUGGAUGACGAGAACCCCACGGAUGCAGAGUCUCUGGAGGUCCUCUUCACGCCUGGGCACACGCCGGAUUCAAUCUCCCUGUACUAUCCUGCCGAGAAUCGCAUUUUCACAGGGGAUCUGAUCUACCCAGGAAACAUCUUCCUCUUCCUGCCUGGCAGCAAGCUGGAGGAGUUUCAGGAAAGCCUUCACAAGCUUCAUGGCUUCCUCGGGACGAAGCCAGCAGGUGUCCUGCUAGGCUGUGGCCACAUAACGCCGUCCCUGAAGGCUGAGAAAUUAGAUGAGCUUCACGAGCUCCUGAGUGCCCUCCGGCAAGGAGAAGCCAAAGGCAGACAGACUCGGUCGCCUUACUGCAGCGAGCCGGUGACCUCCUUCCAGACGCCGUGCUUCACACUGAUGUGCCGCAGCGCGGAUGUUCCUGCGGCCACGUGA